AAAUUUUUUUAUUGAGCUUAAUUUUUUUGUGGUGAUGGAGCUGGCUUGGUGCGCCCAGAAGCUCCUUCUUCGAGACCCAACCCCGAAGAUUAGGUUCCUAUUCCCUUCCAAUCCGGCACCAACAACGGCGUUCCUUUGGAGCCGGUUCAUUCGUCGUCGUCGUCGGAAUUUUGUGGUGGCGGUGGCCAGUGCAGAGGUGGGAGCGCUCGUGGAGCAGGCCGGGGGAAAGAGGGUGGUGGAGCUUGUGGGUGCGUUCAACGAGCUCACCGGGACCAUGAAGAACGUUCACUCCUCUACCACCUCCUCUCAAACCCUCCUCUUCAAGUCACUCAAGCUCUCCAUCCCCAUCCUCCACUCCUUGCCUCUCGCUCCCGAUGGCCGCUCUCCCCUCUCCAAGGCUCUCUCCCUCGCUCUUCUUCUUGCCCAUCUUCAGAUGGAUGCGGAGGUUAUUUCGGCCGGCAUACUGAGACAAGUUCUGGAGGAUGGUGCGGUAUCCAUAGUGGAAGUGAGAGAUCGGAUCAGUGCCGGAACUGCCUAUCUACUGCACGAAAGCUUGCGCGUGAAGAAUAUGUCUGCCAAAGUUGAGGUUUUGGAUGAUGAAACCGCCGCUGCUUUGAGAAAGUUCUGCCUCACGUUCUACGACAUAAGGGCCUUGAUUCUAGACUUGGCUCUCAAGCUUGAUACCAUGAGACAUCUCGAUUACCUGCCCAGAUAUCAACAGCAAAUGCUUUCUCUCGAGGUUAUGAAGAUACAUGCCCCUUUAGCUCACGCUGUGGGAACCAACAUCUUGUCCUUGGAGCUAGAGGACCUCGCUUUCCGGUACUUGUUUCCUUGUUCGUAUCUUUAUGUUGAUACGUGGUUACGAAAUCACGAGAGAGGUGCAACUUAUGAGCCUCUGAUUGACGCGUACAAGGAACGGCUGCUUCAUUCCUUGGAGACCGAUUCCUUGUUGGCGGACAUGGUGGAAGAUAUCUCGGUCAAGGGUCGCUAUAAAAGUCGUUACAGUACAAUGAAGAAGCUCUUGAGAGAUGGUCGGAGGCCGGAAGAGGUAAACGAUGUCCUGGGAUUGCGAAUCGUAUUGAAACCUAGGUCUGGAUCGGAUGUGGGCGAGAGAGCAUGCUACAGGGCUCGUGAAAUCAUCAGGUCGUUGUGGGAAGAGAUGCCUCACCGGACGAAAGACUAUAUUGUCAAGCCCAAACCCAAUGGAUAUAGGAGUUUACACAUGGCGGUUAAUGUGAGUGAGAAUGACAGGGCUAGACCGCUUAUGGAGAUACAAAUACGGACGACGGAGAUGGACAUGUUAGCAGAUGCUGGAACGGCGUCGCAUUCCUUGUACAAGGGUGGUCUUACUGAUCCUGAAGAGACUAAGCGGCUCAAGGCCAUAAUGGUGGCUGCAGCUGAACUUGCAGCGUUGCGCCUCAAAGAUCUUCCAUCCGCAAAUCAUAAAGGUAUUGAGAUUGACCAGAGAGAUCGGGUCUUCCGCCUUCUUGACAAGAAUGGAGAUGGUAGGAUUAGCAUUGAGGAACUCAUGGAGGUGAUGGAAGAGCUCGGUGCCCCAGGCGAAGAUGCCUGCGAGAUGAUGCAGCUUCUUGAUUCAAAUAGUGAUGGUUCUCUGAGCUCUGAUGAAUUUGAUUUGUUUCAGGAAAAGGUUGGACUUAUACGCCAUUUAGAGGUCAAAGAUGAUGAAUACAAGACCAUAUUAAAUGAUAAACUUCAAAUUGCUGACAGCAGUGGAUUAAUUCAAGUGUAUAGCAAAGAGCUGGGUAACAGGCUUGCAAAUUAGACUUGCCUGCUUAUUAUCUAAGGAUGGCUCGGAAAAUCUUAUGCCGUGUUAUAGUUGUACAAGCACACACUGUAUUCCAGGGAUAAUGUACAUAGUGAUAUUCUCAUGGAAUGUAACCUUGUUACAUGGUCACUAAUUAUAGAACGUGCUAUAGUUAUAGGUCUU